AUGAACGACGUCUCUGAUCCCAUCAGUCUAGGUAGAAAUAUCCUGAGACACAUCAAAACCACACCCAAUCUUGACAUUGGAAUCAUAACUGUUCCUAUAAACGGUCUCAAGACAACCCUUUUCAUCACUCAAGGUGAAGCAUACAGCUACGAAAUAGCGCACGUAGGAUUCAAUCUAGCCCUAACUUUCCACCACCUUGUCAAUGAUAUAGACCGACUCGCGACGAUUCUACACUUUCACGGCACCACUAAAGACACUUUUCUCGAAAAUAGAAUCCUGAAGCUCCUCUCUGACAUGAUCUACGGUUCCAACAAGAUCGAAAACGCAGGCGCAGAUCUCAAACACAAACGUCCACUCUGCUUGAAGGUAUUCCGGGGCGAUGAUACCUUCGAAAACGACCUCCAAAAAAGCGACAAAUACUACACGCGUAUCCAGAAGCAGCGUCUAGACGCCAAUCUUCCUUCGUGUCAUAUAGAUAUCUUGCGCAGUCAUCGUGAGAUAGUUCAACAUGCCAAAGCAGCAGUUUAUAUAAUUAAUAAGCUCUGCAUCGACGGCGAGAAUCCCACAGAGAAUAUCAUUCUCGAGACCUAUCGUAUAGUCACGUAUAAGGUCGGCGCCGAAAGUGCAUCUUGGUCAGAGUAUAGCGGUGUAUAUCGCACAGACGACGUGAGCGCGGGUUUCCACACGUUCGCCAGUCCCGAGAAAAUUCCCGGUAAAAUGAAGGAUAUGAUUCACCAAUAUGAUUCAGAGAUCGGUGAUGUGGUCAAGACGGGGAUUAUAGACCCUAGCAUGCUUGCGGCCAAAUACUCGCAUAUCUUUGUCAACAUUCACCCCUUCUUAGAUGGGAAUGCCCGUAUGUCUCGUUUGAUUUUGAACUCUAUCCUGCUGAAGCUCGGGAUUCCCAAUAUCUCUCUCGGCAAGACGGAGAGUGCUUGUCGUCUCUAUAAGGAAGUUGCGUCGUCUGCGUCGCAGAUGGAGGAUAUUUAUAAUGGUCGUGAAGAGGAAGAGAAACCGGUGGCUUAUAAAGAGUUGGCGAGCUUCAUUUUGAAGUGUUCUGCGUAUCAGAUGGGCAAGGCUUUAAAGGCUGCUAUUUAG